CCACGGUUGGGUGAACAAGGUAUUAUCUAUAUAAGCAGUAAGUAGCUCCAAACUUCAUUCAUUUACCUGAUAUCACAAUGAGAUCCAGCCUAGCCCUGUUAACGCUCGCAAUAGCGAUCACAGUGGUCCAUUGUGUUCCGAACAUAAGGAAAAAGACAACAUGUGAAAAUAAGACAGCUUAUUUGAAAUGCAGUCGUGGAUACACCCUCUCCAUAAUAACGGCCAGAUAUGGCCGAAGUGACCAUGCCACGUGUCCGAGUAAGAAGAUUCGAACCACCUACUGCUCCUCCCGAGAGUCUCUCAAUGUGGUCAAACGGUCGUGUAACGGGCUUCAAUCAUGUAAAGUGCGUGCGUCCAACAAGGUGUUCGGGGAUCCCUGUCGAGGAACAUACAAGUACCUUAGUGUUCGAUAUGUGUGCAAGAAAACCGCACCGGCUGGCAUCCAGCGAAGUAUUACAUGUGAGAGGAAGAAAAGUACUUUGUCCUGUCGACGUGGUCAAGUACUGGACAUCUUGUCGGCUGAUUAUGGCCGAUCUGAUCCUAACACGUGUUAUAGCAAGAACAUCCGCACAACGAAAUGCGCAUCCAGCAAAUCAUUCUACAAAGUCAAAGAUAGCUGUCAAGGCAAAAGAAGCUGCCGGCUGUACGCGUCCAACAGAGUGUUUGGUGAUCCCUGCAGAGGAACAUACAAAUACCUCGACGUCAAGUACCGAUGUGUUGCCUAUCAAAAACCAAAGACGUACUCUAGGACAAUUUGCGAAUCAAGCAGUACGACGAUUAAAUGUCCGUCAAGCAUGAAGGUAAACAUACUGUUCGCCUCUUACGGACGAACGGACAGAUCCACGUGUAGUAGGUACGGGAAAAUGAUGGACAUAAGCUGUAGUGCGUCCGGAUGUGUCGACCGGGUCAAGAAAUACUGUCAAGGUCAUCACACCUGUACCGUGAAGGCUGCAAACUCCGUGUUCGGUGAUCCGUGUCGAGGCACAUACAAAUAUCUCAAACUUAAGUACCAGUGUGUGUAUUAGAUCAUUUCGUAUCCGUGAAUUUGUAUCCCAGUGACUCAGAAAUCCCUCAGAUUGAUUUAGAUAAUUUAUUGUUUGAUAUUUGAUCUUCAAUAAAAAUGAUCUCCCAAU